AUCUCGGCUAUUUCACAAGGACUCUCUGGCCCACGCACUGUUUAACCAUAGUUGACUGAUUUCUUUUUGGCCUCGUAAAAGCCGAACACGAAGAAGAAAAAGCACAAAACUUUCGUUAUUACGACGUCGUUUUUGACUUUCAAACACAAUAAGCCUCUAAAAAAGCAUUCCUCGAAAGGCUUUUGAUACAUAGUUGAAUUGCACGUUCUUUAUCUGCGAAAAUUUUCAGCUCUAAAUCCUGAUUUUUUAUUAUUUUGCAUUUUGUGAUUUUGAAUUGUGACUACAAUGGACGGUCAGAAACAGGGAACUGGUUUUUUCGCCUCCAUAGCCUCUACCUUCUCCGCCAUGUCCAAAUCUGUUAAUGGUUUGCUAGGUUAUGAAGGACUAGAAGUCAUAAAUCCCGAAGGAGGCACCGGUGAUGCUGAAACUGAGGCUCAAAAAGGCAGAUGGAAGCAAGAGGACCGUGACAGUUAUUGGAAAAUGAUGCAACGGUAUAUUGGGUCGGAUAUCACGUCAAUGGUGACACUUCCAGUUCUCAUCUUUGAGCCCAUGUCAAUGCUUCAGAAGAUGGCAGAGCUAAUGGAAUACUCUCAUCUAUUGAAAUUGGCUGAUGAAUGUGAGGAUCCUCACAUGAGACUGGUUUAUGCUGCUGCUUGGUUCGUUUCUGUGUAUUACGCUUUGCAAAGGACCUGGAAGCCAUUUAAUCCGAUUCUUGGCGAAACUUAUGAAAUGGUUAAUCAUGAUGGCAUCACAUUUAUUGCCGAGCAGGUGAGCCAUCACCCUCCAAUGAGCGCAGCUCAUGCGGAAAACAACCAUUUUGUGUACGAUAUUACGUCAAAGGUGAAGACCAAGUUUUUAGGGAAUUCAGUCGAUAUAUAUCCUGUUGGAAGGACAAGGCUGACCCUUAAAAAGUCGGGCGUGGUUUUGGAUUUGGUCCCUCCUCCUUCGAAAGCAAACAAUAUCAUUUUCGGACGAACGUGGGUUGAUUCGCCCGGUGAUAUGAUUUUGACUAAUCUCACCACAGGAGAUAAGGUUGUUUUGUAUUUCCAACCCUGUGGGUGGUUCGGUGCCGGUCGAUAUGAAGUGGAUGGAUAUGUAUACAAUGCCGAUGAAGAACCUAAAUUCUUGAUGACUGGAAAAUGGAACGAGUUCAUGAGCUAUCAGCCUUGCGAUUCUGAAGGAGAACCAUUGCCCGGCUCCAAACUGGAAGAGGUUUGGAAGGUUGCUGAUGCCCCAAAAGACGAUAAGUUUCAGUACACGUAUUUUGCGCACAAAUUAAACAGCUUUGACACUGCACCAAAAAUGUUACUCCCUUCGGAUUCUCGCUUGCGUUCAGACCGUUUGGCGCUCGAGCAUGGUGAUUUAUCCAAAGCUGGUUUGGAAAAGAGCAGACUUGAGGAGAGGCAACGAGCCGAAAAGAGAACAAGGGAGGCAAAUGGCGAGGAGUUUAAACCCAAGUGGUUCGAUUUAACGAGUGAAUUAGCUUCGACACCUUGGGGCGAUUUGGAAAUUUACACUUUCAACGGAAAAUACGCGCAACAUCGUGCCUCCGUUGAUCAUAGCUCGGAUAGAGGAUCGGAAAUCGAUAAUUCGCCCCUCGAGUUCAAUCCAUGGCAGUAUCAGAAUUUGUCUGUUGCUGAAGCAUAACUAUUCUUUAUUCUCUAUUUUCCAAAAGAGUCCCAUAGUCGUACUAUAUAUUUGUUUUUCACCCUGAUUUUAUCUUUAUUUUCAUUUUCCGUACGUCUUUAGUUUUCAUUUUCAUGUGGCUAGAAUUCGCUGAAGUUCGGACCACUAUGAUGUUGUGUGACUGUGUGUGUGUGUGUAUAUUGUGUCUCCAAUUUAGCAUGAAUAUGUCCAUUGUGAUUGAUCUACUCUUACAACAUAAUCAAAUUUCAGAAAGGCUAAAUUGAAAAUUUGGUCUUAUUAGAUUAUGA